GGCCGGGAGGGAGACGUGUGUUUCGGCAGGAAGGCGGAAGCGAUGGCGGCGGCGGAGGCCGCGUGGGAGCCCGUGGGGCUGCUGCCGCCCCCGGGCGGCGGCCUCGACUGGGAGGCGGUGCUGGGCGAGGAGCUGGGCGAGCUGCUGGGCGCCGGCGAGCCGCGGCGGGCUGCGGGGGACGAGGCGGAGGAGAAUGAUCUCUAUAACUUUCAUUUUGAUUUGGAUUUGAUGUCUUGGGACUCAGACCUUUGGAAUAUUACAAGCCAUGCUUAUUCAGAUGCAAGCGUGAAGGCAGAGCCUUUAUCACCAGCUGCUUCAACGUGUUCAGUCCCUUCUCCAUCAUCUGUGGACUCGUCAGUGCAGAAUGUGCCUGAUGAUGUAGACUUCAACUGUAGCUCCCAGAUGUCUCCCAUCUCCCUUUACAGCAAGAGUUCUGGAAGCCCCUCAUCCCCCGAGGGAGAUGGAGGGAAGAAGCCCAUCAGCGUCAAAUGUCAGUCUGCAAAUAAUUCUGUGAGGAAUCUGAAGAGAUGUGGUCAGACAGCAUUCAGGCCUUCAAUACAACCCAAACCCCUGUUGCCUGCUGUACCUGAGGGUCAGGCUAACAUUGGUAUCCCAGCUAAAACCAUCAUCAUUCAGACUCUUCCAGCGCUCGUGCCACUAUCAAAGCAUCAGCCGGUUGUUAACAUUCAGCCAGCUCCUCCUAAAGGUCAGUCGGUGGUGCUCCCGCAGCCCGCGGUGGUACAGCUACAGGCUUCUGGAGUGCUUCCUGCCUCCCAGCCAGUCAUUGCCGUCACUGGAGGGACCACCCAGCUUCACAAUCAUGCGGUGACUGCAUUGCCCCCAGCUGCUGGAAAUGGCUCACCAAGUGGCAAAAUAGCAAUGACUAAGCCCUUGCUUCAAAGCAGCACACCAGCGAUGGGGCUAGAUGUCAAUGUAUUGAGAAGACAGCAGCGCAUGAUCAAAAACCGGGAGUCAGCCUGUCAGUCACGGAAGAAAAAAAAAGAAUAUAUGUUGGGACUGGAGGCCAGGCUGAAGGCAGCCUUACUGGAGAACGAAAGACUCAAGAGAGAGAAUGGCUCACUGAAAAGGCAGUUGGAUGAAGUGGUGUUAGAGAAUGAGAAACUCAAGGUCUCAUCUCCAAAGAGAAGAACUCUGUGUGUGAUGGUGAUACUGGCUUUCAUAAUGCUGAAUUAUGGUCCUCUGAGUGUAUUCGAAAAGGUUCCCACUACAGUUGAUUCCACUGUGAGUUCUAACCGUCGGACCAGAAAUCUGCUGGAGUUCUCAGCCAGCCAGGAGUCCAGCACAGCUCAGAAAAUACCUGGUAGCAUAAUUUCCGAGAAGACUAACAGCUAUGAUCAUUCAAUCUCUGAUAACAAAGCACUAAUGAUAGUAUCAGAAGAACCACUAUUGUAUAUUUCGCCGCCACCACCACCCUGCCAGCCCCUGAUCAACCGGACAGAGUCGCUAAGAUUGAAUCACGAACUUCGAGGAUGGGUUCAUAGACAUGAAGUGGAAAGAACAAGGUCUAGAAGGUCAUCAAAUAACCAACAACAGAAAGCACGAGUUAUGCAGAACUCCCUCAGUGAAAAGGUAGAUUCUCAGUUAAUGGCCAUGCCUUACACAGACACCAGCCUCAGCAGGAACUCAGGAAAUGAGCUGCAAGUGUAUUAUGCUUCUCCAAAGAGCUACCAAGACUUUUUUGAAGCUAUUCGCAGAAGGGAAGAUACUUUCUACGUGGUAUCAUUUCGUAGAGACCACCUGUUAUUGCCAGCCACAACACAUAACAAGACCAGAAGACCAAAGAUGUCUAUAGUAUUGCCAGCUGUAAACAUCAAUGAGAACGUGAUCAACGGGCAGGACUACGAGGUCAUGAUGCAGAUCGACUGCGAAGUGAUGGACACCAGGAUCCUCCACAUCAAGAGCUCGUCCGUCCCUCCGUACCUCCGAGAACAGCGCCGAAAUCACACCGACACCUUCUACAGCUCGUCCCCCUCGGUCCCGGAGAUGCCGCACGCCCUCAGAGCUGUUGUGAAAUCCCUGCGGUAGCUGCUGGUGCCUCCUGCCCGGCCCCGGCGCGGGGUGGGGUGGGGGCCCGUGCCUGGGGCUGCCGGUGCUACGGCCUCCCGGCGCCACGCACGUCCUCCUGCGCCCGGCCCGAUCCCCUCCCGGCGCAGCCCGAGCUGGAGCGCGGGUACCGCCCCGCCGGGGCAGGGCUGGGGGCCCACGCCGCCUGACUGCAGCCACCGCCGGCGCGGUGCCCGCCGCAGCGGCCCUGGGGAGCACGGGCCACUCUCCCUGCUCAUGCACUGCCCAAGAUUGGGGGUUGUUUUUUAAUUUUUUAAUUUUAAUUUUAAUUUUUUUUUCCUCUCUCCACACUAAACCAUCUCCCCGGGUCUGGUGCCAAGCUCGGGGGUCCUGCUCGGGGACUCUGCUGAGGCCACUGCUUGUGGCCAGGCCCUCCCCCAACCCCAAUCCCCAUCCCUCCCGCCGGGCUCCCUCCCGGCCCACGUGCCCCGUGCAGUGCUGUCCUCCCUCACCAGGAAGCCCGGAGCUGCUGCUCUCUUCCCGAGCCCGUGGGUCAUGGUUUAAUGCAGCACAUCUAUUUCUAAAGAUUUUACUACUGUUGUUAUUUUAUUUUUUUAAAACUAUUUAAUUCUCUUCACUGCUAAGAACCUCCUGAGCGGCCCUGCCAUGGCACAGCCCCGCACAGCGGGGCAGGGAGGCCGGGCCGUCCCUCCCGCACUGCGCUCGGCGGAGCGGCUCCGGCGCUGCCUCCUCCCGCACCGCGGCGCCUCGGCCGAGCGGCACCGCAGCGAGGCCACCGUUGCGCACCCUGGUCUCCGACUCGCCAGCACUGACACCUUCCCGCCGCCCUGCCGGGGCGCCUGGCGCUCGCCCCCGCGCCGGCUCCUGCUGAAGUCCAGCGCCGCCCUCCCAGACCCUGCUGCGAAGCUGCAUCGGCCGUUCCCGGUUUGGCUGCGCCGCGCUCCAGGGCAGAGCGGGGCCGGGCGCUCCCGCGGCGCUCGCCGGGACGAGCAGGCAGCGGAGCAUCGUCCGUCCGUAAUGACUUCAGCAUGUUGCAUCCCCCCCCAGCAGCUAGCCCAGAGGACGAUCCGCUUCGUUUUGCCAGACAACUGGCUCCCCUUCGUCAUCGGAGCCGCUCACCGGCUGGUGGUUUUCUGUUGUUGUUACUGGUGUGUGUAGCUGUUAGGAAAUAAAAGACAACCCUGCAGAAACACAAA